CAAUUCACUCUGAUGACGUCACUCGCAGAGUUGUCAUGGCGUCUUUGGGACUGAAGCUGCUGCUGCAAUUGAGCUAAAAUCUGUCGACAGUCUGUAAAUCGAAAUGGAGAAAAAUGCAAACCUGCAUCGAGACACUGACGGGAGCGCUUUGUGUGCCACGAUCGCGGGAGAGAUGGGCGACGUAACGGCUGUCGGCGGAGUGAAAGGAACAGCCGAGAAAUGCAAGAAUAGUGAGGCUGCUCUCAGUACUUUGGUUAACGUUAGUUGUAAUAACAGCACCACAAAUGUUGGUGCUCCCACCGCCGUUAAUGUCAUUUCCACUGCCGGGAAGUCGGACGUGCCAGAAGUGAUCGAAGUCCUCCCGGUGCUGGAGGAUACGAAGAAGGACACUACGACGACGAGCGGCUCGGGGUCCGGGGAUCAGAUCAGUAACGGGAUGGGGCAUGACUCGGUGCUGGCUGCAGAAGAUAGCGAGGGUGGUGCCUCAAAGUUAGUAAACAACAAAACCGACGGCCCGUCCUCACCUUCCGCUAAGGAGGGCACAGAUGUGCGGGCUGAGGUUUUGCCUUGUGAGGAAAGUGAGCCGACAAAACUUGCCAAGCCGACUCAUCUGUGUCCGGACAAUGCAAUCACAGCAACCGUCAAACCGCUGUCCGGUGAUCACACCUUAUCGGAGGGAUUGCCGAGUGGGAGUGACCCCGAUCCCAGCCUUGGUGGAGAGUCUCGAAGCAUAGAUUCACUCGAGUCCUUCUCCAACCUCAACUCAUGCCCCAGCUCCGACCUGAACAGCGAGGGGCUGGAGGACAGAGGACUGGCCCUGGCCCUGCAGGGCGAGUACGGGGCUGAUGGGACAAAGACUUCGUGUGCUAAGGACCGGGCCGCCGGCCAGUCCAUAUACCACAUUAAGUGGAUCAAGUGGAGGGAGGAGAAUACGCCGAUCAUCACCCAGAACGAGAACGGCCCAUGUCCAUUACUGGCUAUUAUGAAUGUCCUCCUGCUUGCAUGGAAGGUAAAGAUGCCACCUAUGAUGGAAAUUAUAACUGCUGAGCAACUGAUGGAAUAUCUCGGAGACUACAUCCUGGAAACCAAACCUAAAGAGAUAUCAGAGGCUCAGCGGCUAAACUAUGAGCAGAACAUGAGUGAUGCCAUGGCAGUGUUGCACAAGCUGCAGACUGGUCUGGAUGUGAACGUGAAGUUCACGGGGGUGCGAGUCUUCGAGUACACCCCAGAAUGCAUUGUGUUUGAUCUGCUCGACAUCCCUCUCUACCACGGCUGGCUGGUUGACCCCCAGAUGCAUGACAUUGUCAAGGCAGUGGGCAACUGCAGCUACAACCAGCUGGUGGAGAAGAUAAUAUCCUGCAAACAGUCAGACAACAGCGAGCUGGCAGGGGAAGGCAUCGUGGCAGAGCAGUUUCUGAGCAGCACAGCCACGCAGCUUACGUACCAUGGCUUGUGUGAGCUCACAUCCACCGUACAAGAGGGAGAGCUCUGUGUCUUCUUCAGGAACAACCACUUCAGCACUAUGAUCAAAUAUAAGGGCCAGCUGUACCUCCUGGUCACAGACCAAGGCUUCCUGACAGAGGAAAAGGUCGUCUGGGAGAGUCUGCACAACGUCGAUGGAGACGGCAACUUCUGUGACUCCGAGUUCCGGUUGCGGCCUCCUUCGGAUCCAGAGACUGUUUACCGCGGCCAGCAGGAUCAGAUAGACCAGGACUAUCUGAUGGCACUGUCGCUGCAGCAGGAGCAGCAAAGCCAGGACCUGCAGUGGGAGCAGCUCCCCGAGGGCAUCAGUGACCUAGAGCUGGCGAAAAAGCUUCAGGAGGAGGAGGACCGACGAGCCUCCCAGUACUACCAGGAGCAAGAGCAGGAGCAGGCGGCGGCGGCGGCAGCAGCAGCGGCACAGGCACAGCAGGGCCAGCAGGAGCCCGCCGAGGGAGACGAAGCAGACAGAGGAGGUGCAGGAGCAGGCGGAGCAGCUUCCAGCGCUGGGACGGCGGCAGCAGCAGGAGCCACACCCAGCCCAGGAAAACAGUCCUCCGGCGGGGAGCGCAAAGCCAAGAAAGAAUCGAAGGAUAAAGACAAAUGUGUUAUUUUGUAACAUACAGCGUGUCUGUGUGAGUGUGAGUGUUUUGUGCAUUUGCUUAUCUGUGAGAAAGGGGACAGCAUUUGUUUCUCCAUGGACCGGACACACAACGCGUGGCCCCAACUUGACAACAAACAAGGGAAGGAGACAUUUUGAGGAAGGGACGCGACAGGACUAACAGAGGAUCUGCUGUUCCUAAACCACUGGUGCCUGCUAUCCUCUAUCCUCAGUGGAACCUGGACAACAGAGGAAGGGACACUACAACGACAACUACCCCUUAUCUUUCAUAGAGUCGGCCAAACUUUGUUACAAGUUGCACAGUGCACUAUAUUUGUGAUGUGGGGUCAAGUUUAUUUGGGGUGGUAUAUUUUAUAGCAAAAGACAUAAUCUGAAGAAACAAAAUGUCACCCUCUCACCAUGUUCUUUAAAAAAACAAUCAUUUCAUUCAUUGUUCAUUACUGCAGCUUCAAAGCUUUUUUGUACGUAUCAAUAUUUGCAAAAUGUAUUUAGACAAACCUACGGUUUUUAAGUUGAUGCCAAGAUCCACACUUUAUUUAUGUGUCUAUGUUAGAGGUAUCUGUGGGGAGAGGUUUAAUUUUUUUCUGUAAGCCAAGAGUGAUUUUCUCAUAAUAUUGCCUGUUGGAAAUCAGUGUAACACUAUUUGUGUCCCCUCCGAAACACUAUGUACCCAAGGGUUAAUUAAUGCCAGAUAGCUGCCAGACACUGUAGCUACGGCACAAUACUCAUCACAGCUUGCCCUGUUCAGAUUUGCCUUACCAGAGUAUGGCAGUGUUGUAUUCUGCUCUGUUUGAAUGUGAACGUGUGUUUGUUUUCAUGUGUAUGGUGUGUACAGAACACGUGUGGUAUACAUGUCUCAUUUACAUAGAGCAUCGAGUCUCAAUUUGGAAAUAGCCAAAUCUUUUUACGCUGUUUUAGUUCAGCCACAACUUUGGACAUUUAGUGUCAUUUAUCUUGCAAUUCAGUUUCAUAAAAACAUUUGGGAUAGUCAAACUGAGAGUCAUGUUGGAGAGGACAUUUUAUGUGAAUCUGAAGUUGUUUCUGUGUGAGACACAACUAGGGUUUUGGCAGAUUAGAUUUGUGUUAGAGUGAACCCAGUUUAGAGUGUAUGGUAGUUCUGAAAGGCCCUUUUCUUUCUCACAGUCUCUUCUGGCAGCUUCCUGAAGAGCUGCAGUGUGUGUGAGUGAGUGUGUGUGUGCGUGUGUGCGUGUGUGUGCAGGCACUAUCAUGAUCUCCUCUGUUAGCUUCUGGAUGUAGAAGUUCCACUGCAGUUUUUGAAAAGAAAUACCACAGAAUUCAGUAAUUGGCAUGUAACUUCCUCUUAACUGGGAAAGUUCAUUAAAUACAGUGAACAUGUAAUAUUGUUUUCCACAAAUAUAAGCCCCAAAAUCUGUGACACCAAGAUAUACAACCCCAGUAAGCCCUGUUACGUUGUUGGGAACCUGACUUUUUCAUGCCACAGCUGUGUUGAGUAGAUAUUUUCUUCCUCGUUCUCCACAAGUCUUACGAGGUUCAUCUCAUUUGCUUUUUCUGGCGCACUGGUUCUCAAAUUGGGGGCUUCAUUGGGGGUUAUGAGGCCUUUUGACUAUAGGCCUAUAUCUUAGCAUAAAUCAAAUUGUUAUUUUUAAAUUUAGAUUAAAAUUAAAGCUGCAGACUUAAAAAUUUGCAGCUUUGUCCUGCGAUAGAAAAAUACGCAGUUAAAACAACCAAAGAGCUAAUAGAACAAUGGCCAAGUGUCAGGAAGAAGAAAAUGCAGAAUUUGUCAAAAAUAGGACCCUUACUGUUAAAAAUGACAAAAUAUAUACAUUAUCCAGACAGAGAAUUGUAUGAAAAGUUACAAAAAAUGUCAGGAAAACUAAUCUCUGAAGCAAAAUUCACAGGAAAAUCUGCGCAAAAUUCAUCCAAAUUGCUUGUUCACAGUUAUUGUGUUCACUAUUUGGUUUAAUUGUACAGUUAAACAGUUGUUAUGUACUGUUUUUGUUAUGCAUUUAAUAUAAAAUACAACCUUUAGUCAGGGGUCUUCAGUUUACCCAGUGAUAGAAAAGGGGCCCCUUAGGGAAGAAGUUUGCACCACCGAGUAGAAAUGUACAUGUGCAAAUGUCAGAUUCAGAGAGGAGUAAAUUCAUCUGUUAUUUGUGGAAAACUAUAAUUAAAGUUCACACACUGAGUUGUCCUGGGCUCGUAGGAUGCAUGCUGUGAAUUCUGUGGUAUCACCUUUUAACUGGUGUGCAUUUCACUGCAGCAUGCAAACACAUGAUGUACAUAUUUACCUAAUGCGUUCUUAUAAUGGAUUUAGCUAGUGGUUUGUGCCAUUAUUGUACCAUGGGACUGCCUCUUGAGAAACUUUUCUAUCUAUACAUUCCAAGUGGAUGCCUUGACUCAAGCCUUCUGUUACAGACUGAGGGAGACAGUCGUCGUAGGAGGUCGCCGCAGCGCUCGUAAGGCGGUCUCCGUUAUUUUGUUCGGUGAGAUUUCACUGUCAGGACAGGACAAUUACAUGGAGGCAGCAGGCUACCUACUGUGUGGGAACCCUUUCUUAUGGGCUUCAUGUGAUGGCUGGAGUUUGAGCUCCGUGUUCGUUUGGCCCUAACAAGGCUGUGUUUUGUAUAUAUAUAUAACGCCUUACAACAUUUCAACAUAUUUUAUAGGACAUAGGGAAACAGGCGUAUUACCAGAACGAGACAAUCCAUGCAUUUUUCCACACACAAACAUCGGACACACUCUCAGGCCUUUUGUGAAGGGACAUAUCCUCCAGUGUCUUUUAUGUAUCGGCACAGUUCCUAGGCCUGUAGUCACUUUCUCAGUCACAACUUUAAGUAUCUGCUCAUGUACACACACAACUAUUUUGACACGUUGAAGGACUUUAACACUUCAUUAUUUAAGAUCCUCAUUGUUGAAGUUCACACUUAAAAAAAUAUGAAUAAAGCUGCUCCUGUUGUGUUAACUUGGACUACCUGAUUAAAAAUAAAAACCUUGAACAGGGUUAAGACACGUUAA